AUGGCUGAUGUUGACACCGAUGAUGAGGGAGGAGCCCACCCCCACAUUCUCGACAGAACAGCCAAUCCCAUAAAUCCCAAUGUCACUGUCUUGAACAAUCCAAACGUUCUUACGACGAAAAAUCCCGUUACAGAUGUUGAUGAUGACGACCAAGAAAGUGAUGAUGGUCUCAGACACCUUCACACCCAGACCAAGGUCUACCUGAGAUCGCGUUGGCGAAGCUGCAGAAAGUCAGGAUGCUAG